CUAGCCUGGGAACCUCCAUAUGCCACCUGUGAAGCCCUCAAAAGAAAAAGUACAGUCAUUUAGAUAAGUUUUCUUUAAAAGGUUAACACUUUUUCAAAAGGAAUGAUGCAUAUGUAGUAAGAUUUGUAUAUAGUAACAGAAAUUGGAAAAAAAAUCCAGUGAACUAUGAGAGACUUAAAUGUAAUAAUGUAUAGCCUUAAAAUCAUGGUUUUGAAAAUGUCUAAUGAUAUGGCAGUGUUCUUCCCUAAUGUAGAUUCCUUGCUUCGAGAGCAGGAUGCUAGUAGAGGAACAAGGAAAAUAAGUGGGAAAUAAAUUUGAGAAGCUGCUUGCUACCCAAAUUUGUUAGGAUUUGCUGCCUAAGUCAUUAACUGUGAUUUGAAAAGUCAUAAUAAAUGUUGGCACAUGAUAGACUCUGAAAAAUCCUGCAAUAAAGACAUCUGCUAACUUUGCUUAAAUUGUUUUAUACCAUUUUACUCCACAAAACCCUGUUUUUGGUGGAACAGAUAUUAGCAUCUCCCAGAAGAACGUUCUUUAAAUAACAGCUUGGGAAAGAGUAUGUUAAACUGAUGCAUGUAUACAUGCACGUGCAUACAUAUAUUUCUGUGAAAUGGACGUAAACACACCAGAUAACAAUUCUCUCUGAUUAGUGGAAUUGUUUUAUACUUAAAUGUAACUCCAGUUUUCAAGAAUUUCUUUAAUAAGAAUGUAAUACUUUUUUUAAAUAAAAGAAAAUACAGCAAACGUAUUAAUUUUUUUGGUGGAACUCCAGCUAUGGAACUUAAUAGCCAUCAGAGGAAUCAUCAUUCUGGUAGAAUUCAUGUCAUGAAUAUUUGCUGUUACAGAAAUUUGGACUAGGCAUUUAUUUUAAAAUGGGGAAGAGAUUUUGAGCGAAUCUUGAAUGAAAUAGAGUUUCUCUAACAAUUAAUGAUGAGUUUCAAUAGACUAACACAUCGAGUUAUCUUGAGUCAUAAGAGAGUGAAAGUAAUUGUUUCAUUAUUUUGUUUUAAUCAAAAAAGUGAAUACAACUCUUUAUUUUUUAACCCCGAGACCAUAUGAAAAAUAGGACAGGAAGUUUAGUUGCUGUUGAUGGUUGAAGGAUAUGGUUUGUGUGUGCGCACGUGCACACACACAUGCUGUAUUUAAAUUUUUCUUAUUUUCUUCAUUUUUAAUACAUCAAAGUGAAAAACACUGUAAUCAUAUCGCUUUAGAGUCUUUACCCACCCUUUCCAAAGCGACUUAAGUUCUAAUUAUUCACAGAUGAGAUUAGGUCCAAAGAAUGCGUUCAUAUUAUUGUUCUGUUUUCUCUUCUCUUUCUUUUAGAGGCAACUACCCUUCUUUUUGCAGCUAUGUUAAUAGAUAAGCAUGUCAAUCAAGUUUACUAUUUGCCCUAAUCAUAUUCCAUUAAUGCGAGGACUUUUAGUCUAACAGAGGAAAAUCUGGAAGUGAUUUAGAUGCUUGCCUGUUUGAAAAAUUUGAAUUACAGUUCCAUCAGACUGUCUAGAGAGAGUUAAAUUGGGAGGUGAGAGAAUUAAGUUUUGGGGGCUUCGUUAGAAUAGGUAGUACUCACUGUAAGUUGUAAAGUCAAGUUGAAGGAAAUGCACGUUUUGGUUAUUUUUAAAAAACAGCUUUCCAUCUUUUCAGUUAUAUGAGUUAAUGUUUUUGUGACUUAAACUGAACGCUCAUGCAUACAACCUGACUCUUGCCACGAGGGAUAGAAUUGCUGAAGAGUCAAGAGACCAGUCUUACCUUUAUGUACUUUGUGUAUCAAGUAAAAUAGGAUUUCUUUCCUUAUAUUAAUUCACCGGGUAAGACGCUAAGACAUAAUUUCAGGAGGCCUUCCGCACAUGUAUUUUUUAGAACAAAGAGAGAAAGUACGGGAACCCUCACGUGGUUAACUCCUGCAUUCUUGAUGUGGUGAACACUUUGAUCAGGGCAGUGUGGCAGUUUUGAAGCUAAAUCCUAAACCAGGUGGCAUAAAGAUGAUGAACCUUAAAACAAUGGGUUUCAGUGACAAAGCUUUAAAAAAGGGUUAAUAUGUGGUAAUAGAGAGAUCUAUGGAAAGAACAGCCUUUUUGAGUUAUUUUGGCCCAGUGAGCAAAAAUGACUUAAUUGCAUAUCAGUGACUAAAGGGUGGUGUGGUGGUUAGGGUUUCAAAAGUAAAUCGUUUCCAUUUCAUCCAAUGAAAAAUCUUCCUUCUCCUGAGUCACCUGGAGCUCAGUUAAUGUUUUGCACUGUGAUCAGUGUGGUUUUGGAGAUUUUCAUCUGUAACUAAUUAGACCUUGUUUUUUGUUUUUAAUUGGAAAUUCCACCUCCUUGGUGAGACUUUAUAAUUGGAAUAAGAGAAGCAAAUUUUCCUGCCUGUUUUCCCUUCGCAAAUGAUUCCCUAACACUUCCUAAACUGAGUGUAGCCCUCCCUGCUGAUGGAGGGAAAACUUGAAGGUUGAGAGAAUUAGUGUGGCUAAUUACUUGAUAUCCACAUUUUAUUACUAAGAGGGGAAAAUUUGGUCUCCUUUGGGGAGAGGAGAAAUAAAGUAAGGUCUGCGAAAUGCAUAUGCUGCCAACUUCCGGAGCAAAAAAUUCUGUGUUUAAAAGCAUUUAGAGAUCCUGAAGUGUAGACAUUGUAGAAUGAGAGAUACAUAAUAAUUACAAAGGGCAGCUCUUGGGGACAAGGGCCAUUUCUGAUUGUUAAAUUCCUAGGUUUUGAAUAGCAGUUUUUACAUAAAGAGGUUUGCUUAAAUCUCCAUCAAGAAAAUUAAAAAACUGAGGCUUAAGGAUUCAGUUUAUGAAUUAAAUUGUAUCUGUCUUAUCAAACUUGUUUUAUCUAUUGAUCUCUUAAUAGCCAGGCAUUUUUCUUUUUUAAAAGAAGAGUGUUGGCUACUUCAACUCCAUUUUUUACAAAUUUUAUAGCAGUUUGCUCUUCCUCCUAUUAGUAAGUAUUGAGAUUUAGUAUAGUAAGUUGUUUUGCAAUAGUUACAACCAGCUUUGGAGUUGGGCAGACCUGGGCUUCUUGAUUCUUGGCAUUUUUGCUGCCAACCUCCUAGACGUUCUUGGACGAAGUCCACGUAAAAGUUCACUUUUCUGCGUCUGUCUCUUUCACAGAUGGCAUUCAAUUUCAUUCUAGCCCAUUCUUUUAUUCCUUCAUAUAUGUGUGUAUAUUUUUCAUUUUGGUCUUGAGAUUAAGGAAAAGGACAGUGUGGCUAAACUGGAUUCAAAUUAUAGUCCUGCUACUUACUAGCUGGAUGAUUUAUAGUACAUUAUUGAAGCCCUCUGUGUGGUACCUUCCUGAUGUGUAAAAUUGGGAUGGUAAUAUCACUUCUCAGAGCUCUUGAAGAUGAAUUGAUAAUACAUGUGAGUGCUCAGAACAGUGUGCAGUGCACAUCUAAAUGCCUUUGCCUAUCUUGGAAGGCUGAGUAGAAGUCAGUAUCAACUGCUUCAUCCCAGUGUAUUUUUAACCCAGCUUGAUGGUUGUAUUUUGCUUUGACCAAGUCGGAACUCUUCUUUUGGCGUGGUCUACUCAUGCCCUGUGUGUUCCUAGAAUAUUCCCCACACUGCUCCAGCUACUUGAAUUUUCAUUGUUGGGGAGGGUGCAUGUCAAGCCUCCUGGCCUCCCCUUUUCUUACGCUCAAUGUAAAGACGUGGUCCCUGAACUCACAAAACUCAUAUUACCAAAAGAGACUGCAAACAGUUUGCAGAUGCAGACACUGCUUUUUGGUAUCCCCAGACAUUCUUUAUGACAGCGCUGAGCAAAAGUGUUACCCAGUAAAUACAUGCUGGUGAUAAAAUUGUGCUUGGUGCUCAUCAAAAGAGAAAUUUAGAAAUGAUACGUAGUAAUAUAGGUCAGAAUAGAUUUUUGCUAAUUAUAAUUCCAGUUGUGCCCUUACGAAUAGCUUAGGACUACUCAGUUUAUUUUCCCAUCGUAUAUUCCCUGACCUGUUUGAAUAAAAUAGAAUCCUCCUAAGGAUGAAAUUCAUCCAGGGAGCUGAGUAGUUUGAAUUUACUACUUUGUACAGAUGUAAGUGGUGAGGAAGCCAUACAUUUUAGUGGACAUAAUACCGCUACUAGUUAACUUUCUGUAGUACUUACUAUAUGUCACAUGGUGCCUGUCUACCAACACUGAAUCUUGACAGAAAAGCUUUAAAAAACAGAAGAUGAUCUGGGAGAGUCCAAGUUUAAUUAAAAUUUUAGACAUUUUUUUAAAAGGAAGAUUUUAGUUUAGUGAGUUCUGAGUUUAAUAGGAAUGGUGCUUCUGGAAGCUCACCUGGCUGGUUCUAGCUCUGGGGACUCUCUGACGGUGGUGGUUGCAGAGAAGGAAAGAGAGGGACAGUGGAGGACACCGCCCUUGGCAACAUGGAGUGGCGAGUAAUAGUUCUAGGAGUUUCUUUUCCACGAAAAAGCUCUCUAAGUCUUCAGGCUCUUCGAAGUGAAACGUGAAGAAAAUAGUAGCACUGCGGAUUUAGUUUGCAAUUGUGACUUAGCUUCUAAUUUAGGCUGUGUGUUUUCCUUUAAUGUUUCAUUUUGACAAAAUAUAUUUUAAAAUGGACUUUUCCCGUGGAUAAACAUUUUCUGAUAGGAUUUUCUCAAGUUCUGGGCGACAGUGUGGCUGCGUUGUAUUUACUUGAAUCAUUUGUGAAGAGAACCAGACUCAAACUCAUUUCAGAAAUAGUGUUAAUUAUACAAAUGAAAGAGGCAGCUCUCUUUGUGAUUCAUGUCCGUGUUUCAGAGUUGCUCUGUAGUUCAUGCCUCAGACUUACCUGAAUAAUCAUACAGCAUCUUCUGAGGUUGGCGCCUAUUUUAUACUUGCCCAUGGGAAGUUGUAAUUAAUUAAAUGACUGCACAGUGAUGUGUGGUUUCAGGCAGAAUGGGAUCGAACACGUGAGUAGCCACAGUAGUUCCCCAUUAUUUGUGGUACUGCUUUCCACAGUCUCAGUUACCCACAGUCAACCCAGGUCUGAAAAUACUAAAUAGUAAGUUCCGGAAAGAGGCAAUUCUUCAGUUUUAAAUUGCACGUCACGAUGAGUAGUGUGAUGAAAGCUCACAUCACCCCACCUGGGGGCGAAUCCAUGCUGUGUACCCUGCCGACUAGUCGCUCUGUAGCCCACUUGGUUAUCCAGUGAACUGCUGAGGUGUUGCAGUGCUUGUGUCCAAGUUACCCUGGUUUUGCUUAACAGUGGCCCCGAAGUGCAAGAGUAGUGAUGCUGGCCAUUUGAAUAUUCUUUCACUGUGCCCGAUUUAUACAUUAAACUUGAUCAUAGGUAGGGAUGGCAAGGAAAAGACGUGGUAUGUACAGGGUUCGGCACUGUUCAGUUUCAGCGUCCUCUGAGGGUCUUGGAACACGGAUAAGGGAGGAUUACGGUAACAUGUGGGUGGUGAUGAGGUUAAAGUAAUGGAAAAUAGAUUCACAUGUGCAUACGAAUUGUGCACUCGCCUUAUUCUUUUAAUUACUGCAGAUUCUAGUUGAUCUCCUACUGGCAUGUGUAAAUAAGAAAAGUGAAAACAUUGGUAAGUCUGUUGUGUUCUCAGGUAUUGGGAGUGGACGCAAUUCAGGGAAUAUGUGUUCUAGUAGCUGCACUGAAAAGAGACUGGCCUGUGGCUCCAGGGCCCAUCAUUUUAAUUAUCGGAAUGUAGUCUCCAGAACAUCCUCCCUUUCUCACGGGUCAGCGUCUCCCGUUUGGCAUCUCCUCUGUUGGAGCAGGUGCGCAGUAAUGGUGGCAGGUGGGAGGAUGAGAGGAUUAAAGUCAGGAUUCAAAAAACCUUUCGUGUAUUAAAAAAAUCACCAUCAGGGUACUGUUAGGAAGAAUUUGGCGGGGCGGGGAUAGAGAUCGAGGGAAAAUGGGGAGAUCAUUUUGAAUAUUAGGGUGACCUGAAUUCCAUUGGAAGGAAAUGUGUCUUAGGUGCUAUUUCUGAGUCAUCUAAUUUUGUAUUUCUUUCACAAAUGGGUCAUUUAAUGAGAUUCAAAGACUUAUUAAGUGACUUCAUUGGGGAGUUUCCAUGUGGGGCAGCAGGCUAAAGAUCUGGCGUAGCCAACGCAGUGGUUUGUGUCACCACUGAGGCAUAGAUUUGAUCCUUGGCCCAGAAACUUCCACAUGCUUCAGCUGCAACCAAAACAAACAAAAGGACUUAAAUGGUAUAGAAGUAGAUCAUAAGUAAUCAUUUUUUGGAAUUUACUGACUGUAGAUUAGAAACUUAGUUAUAUCAGGUCACUGCAUUUGACAAAGGAUUACAAGCUCAAGGUACUUUUUUAUGUUUUAGGAAAUACUAGGACUAGAGGUUAAAAGUCAACAAUAAGUCAGACUUACUUGAUUGCUGUUUAAUCACGUUUAAAUCAUAAAACAUUGCAAAUCUUCAACUUAUUUUUUUCUAUUUAAAUAUAUACUUUAUAUUACACAAAAAGUUUUAAUAGCUUCAUGGUAUAUGGAGGUUUGUUUUAUAAUUUACAAAUGAUACACUUCAAUACAAUAAUUUAUAGAGUAGUAAGAAUUUUCAAGUUUAUGUAAUUUCGGCUAUCAAGAAGUACAAAUGUAGAAUUAUUUUUACUUAUUAAAACUCAUCAGAAUGUAGGACAUAGUUCAAAACACAAAUCUGUUGAUACUGUUUUCUACUUAAAAUCUCAGCAGUUCUCCUUGCCUUCAAGACGAAGUCCAAUAUCUUUAUCAGGGCAGCCUCAUCUUUUCUGUUUUCCCAAAGUCCGGGUCAUGAGAGAGGUCCGCCAGCUUUCUGCUUCACACCGGUGUCCACCCUGCUCCCACACGUUGACACCGCCUUCCCUCCUUUUAAGUAUUAAGGAUCCUCCUCCUUAAACUUCGAAUAACAGUCUCCUUAUUCAGUCGUAUUCUAUUCUUGCUCCCUUUGCCUCUUUUCUUCUUUGCGAACUCCUCUUUACAAACACUUCCCACUUGGCAUAACCUUUCCCUGACCUAGUGUCACCCUCUAACUGCUUCGCUGACGCUCUGGGAAGAAACCGGUGUUCCUUACUAUGCAUUCAUCGUUCCUUCACUGUCAGUAGCUGGAAUUGCUUUCAGGUCGCUAAUGACCACUGGUUUGGCAAUCACAUAGAUGCUUGCUUCAGGCACUGGCAUAUCCCCUGUAUCCCGUGGUGCUGCAUGUUAAGCACAAAAUGAAUGUCUAAGUGGAUGACAUUUUCCAGUUGUAUUACCUUCUCUUCAUUUAUAUGACUUCACCUCUCCAGGCUGUCUUACGAGCUCCUUAAAUAUCUGUGUUCUAAGGUUCUGAGAGACUACAUUUUCAUUCUGGCAUGAUUUUUUACUCUCUGGAUAUACAUUCCAUUUGCAAGCAUGCCCCCCAAAAUAGAUAGCAGGUCGCUCACGUUAAGUCUUGGCCCACAUUAAAAGACUUGAGUCUCGUAGUGUGUUCCAUGGAGUCCUAAACUCAGGAUGUCCAGUUUGGAACAGGUGCGCAGUUCUUUAAAAUAUAGUCCUUUUAUCUCAUUACUUAUAAGUGACAUCACCAGAUACUCAAACACUGAAACCAGAUCUAGAAACACUCUCUAAUUCUUGCUGCGCCUAAUACGUUGUUAUUGUUGUCUUCCUCUUCCCAUUAUUCCUCCAUCAUAGGGCCUUGGGGUGCCAUGUCAAUUUUUACCUGGGAUAGACUUAGUAGUUUAGUCUCUAUGCCUGCCUUUCUACCUUUGGUUAUCUAUGUUUUGAUAUUUUUGUUGUCUCCUCUUUUUUGAACCUAAAGAAAAGUUUUAGAGUUUCCCUGAGAUGCAUGAAUUUUUUUUUUUUCUCGAUCAACUUGAAGAUGUGUGUGAAUCUUUGGUAAAACCUUCAAAAAGUGAUUGACACAUUGCUCACAUGUUUAUGAUUUCAAUAUAAUUAUCUUAUUAAAGUUUGUUCUAGUUGCAUAUAAGAUUACAACUUACUACUUUAUUCAGUGAAAAAGAGAUCUCACUGUUUUUGGCUUUGGGCGUGGUGUAACUAACUGGGAUUAUGUUUCUUGGAAGGGUCAAGAAGUGUCCUUUCUUUCCAGCGUUGAAGGAUAAGCAUGACUUUAACAGUUGUAUAUAAGGGAAAGAACAUUCUAGGUGGAGGGAAGACAAAAGCCAAUGCUUAAUGCCUUGAAAAGAAGCAGAAUGAAAAUAUUCUUGGAACAUGAAAAUAAGUGUUUGAAUUUAUGUGAAUGCAUUUGACUUAGUUUUAAUCAAAAGUAUUGUGUAAGCAGAUGAAUAUUUACGUUUGCCUAGUCACUUUUAUUUAGACAAAUAAUUCAUCUUAGGGAUUCCCACUUUAGUUAACCAGUAUGAUGUCCUUUCAUUUCUGCUGUUAGUCCUAUUUUCUUGUUACCACUGUUUAUUUACAUAGUAGUAUGAGUCUCCAUGGAGUCAUUAUUUAAAAGUUAAAUGUUAGAGCACUCUGAGGAUUGGGCUAAAAAUCAACGACUUUCUUAACUUUCUCUAAAACCUCUUUUUAAAAAUAUGAUAAAGCUAUAAUUUGUAAAAAUCAUUUCUUACUGUCUUUCGCACAUAUGUACACACAUGUAAAGAAGGAAUGCGAACUUGUGUUCCUACUUGUUAGGUAACUUGUGUAUUUCGUUUAUUCCUUCUGUAAUGUAGAAGAUUAAAACUUUGAUAGCUUUUCUUUUAGGGUCUAGAAUCACUAUUCAUAUAUUGUAUGAAAACAAUUUUACACUCUUUUCCUUCAAACCCUUUUCCUUUAUAUUACUAAGCACCAGAAGAAAGCCAGAUUUUUUUCCUGUGAUGCUAAAAUUUCUUCCAGAUCACAUGCCGAAGUAUGCUUUCCUUUUUCCUUUGAGGUUCUUCUUUAAGUGAUCAAUUGUAGGCUUUUAAGUAUACAUGGCCAGGUCUUUAAUCUGAGCUAGUUUGUCUAAAUUUAAACUCGUGAGAUAGCAUGUAUCUUCGGCAUUCAGCUUUGCAUAUGUGCUGUACUUUAACCAGGUAGCAUUUAUUUUUCUUCUUUUAGAUUUGACUAAAAUUAGAGAUGUGUUCCAUCUAUAUUGUAUGGGUUCAAAGACCUGCUUGAUUUUGAAGUCCUCUUACUAUAAAAAAGAAUGUGACUGCAUUUCCAAGUAUAUAUACUUUUCCUAAUUGGUAAUAUUUAAAUUACCUUCCUUGAGAUCAUGUAAGCAUUUCUUUUUUCACUUGAGUUUUAUGAAAUGACUCGUGUUUUACGAAUGCCUGGAUUUAAACAUUUUUUUUCUAAAGAUGUGAAACUGAAUAAAGAACAGCAGCUCCACUUUUCCCUUUUGAGACCUGGUCACUUUUUGUGUAAGGAAUAGCAAAUGUCUUGCAGAGUGAAUAAAUUAUUGGUAGUACUUUCAAAGUGAUACUUAGCAAGCCUUAUGGGUAAUCGAGUUGAAAAUACAUGGAGUACAUGUUACAAAGUUACAUAACUUAGGGGAGAAAUCUCAGAGAAAUUUAGACCUAAAGAAAUUUAUCUUGUUGUCCUAAACAGCCUUUUAAAGUUCUAUUUUUAUAAAUUCUGACAAGUCUUAACUCAAUGUUGCUUUUAAAACUUGGGAUAGAAAUUCAUAUUACUUGAGUGCCUUCAGUGUGAACUUAAUGGCCGUAUUUGGACUUGUUUUGUAAUUUUCCUCCACUGAAGUUGGAAUGCAGUCUUGAAGAAUAGGGUUUUGGCUCUCAAGGGCCAUCAUAGUCACACACUAAUUCUUAAUCACUGUGUCUGUGGAGUGUCUUGCUCAUGGAGCUCUCAGUGUGUUACUUCCCCUUCUCCUUGUUUCCAGCCAAGAUUUUGGAAACGUUUCAACCAAAAAGAAAAAAAAAAAAAAAUCCUACAAAGUUACCACUUGCAGUGGAGAACAUCUUUACUUGGUUAUGCUAUUUGCUGUGUUAUGAUUAUGGAAUCACUGCUCUAAUAGACACUGUCAACUUUGUUACCAGUGCACAUUUUGGAUUAAAGCAUCCUUAGCUUUCUUUUUUUUUUUCCUCAGUCUUUUUGCUUGUUUCCUUACACUUCAGAGAAUGGAGAAUUGGGAAGGAAAAGAAAUAAUUGGAUGUUUCAUCAUGUAAUUCACCUUUUCUGGAGUAUACCAGGAAACAAAGGGUUAGAGAAGUGAAGCAGCUUGCCCAGGAUCAAGCCAGUAAAUACAGAGCUGGAAUUCAUACCCAGGGAAUGUCUGGCUCCAAGACCUGGCUGUUUUUCUGCUGGGUGUUCUUCUUGUAAGGUUUCAGGGUGGCCCAGAGAGUGAACGCCUCUGAAGUGGAUGUGCGGUGCGUAAAUCAUCCAGAAGGUCGUAUGCUUCGGUUAGCAGCAGCCUGUUUAUCUGGUUCCAACUUCUGCUGAAUCACAACCAGUUGUCCCUGAGCUAUGACAAGAGAGGAAACAAAAAGUUAAAGGAGCAAGCCUGCCAUACACCAGAAGGUACGGGUGAGUACUAAAGGAGCCACAUGAAUAGGCUUCACAGAAGAGGCAGCCCACCCCAUGCAGAGAUGCUGCCCCAGGCCAGCUAUUUGUGCUCUGGAAAACACUGACUUGCAUGAGAAAACAGCAAACUUCCUUGAUAACAUGCUUUUGCGAAGUUCAGGAAAAUUAAAUGUGGGCACCAAGAAAGAGGAUGGUGAGAGUACAGCCCCCACCCCUCGUCCAAAGAUCUUGCGAUGUAAAUGCCACCACCACUGUCCAGAAGACUCAGUCAACAAUAUUUGCAGCACAGAUGGAUAUUGUUUCACAAUGAUAGAAGAAGAUGACUCUGGGAUGCCUGUGGUCACUUCUGGAUGCCUAGGACUAGAAGGCUCAGAUUUUCAGUGUCGGGACACGCCCAUUCCUCAUCAAAGACGAUCGAUUGAAUGCUGCACGGAGCGGAAUGAAUGUAAUAAAGAUCUGCACCCCACACUGCCUCCGCUGAAGACCAGAGAUUUUGUUGAUGGACCUAUACACCACAAGGCCUUACUUAUAUCUGUGACUGUCUGUAGUUUGCUCUUGGUACUUAUCAUUUUAUUCUGUUACUUCAGGUAUAAAAGGCAAGAAACCAGACCCCGGUACAGCAUUGGUUUAGAACAGGAUGAAACGUAUAUUCCUCCUGGAGAAUCCCUGAGGGACUUAAUUGAGCAGUCUCAGAGCUCAGGAAGCGGAUCAGGCCUCCCUCUGCUGGUCCAGAGGACUAUAGCUAAGCAGAUUCAGAUGGUGAAACAGAUUGGAAAAGGUCGCUAUGGGGAAGUUUGGAUGGGAAGGUGGCGUGGCGAAAAGGUAGCUGUGAAAGUGUUCUUCACCACGGAGGAAGCCAGCUGGUUCCGAGAGACAGAAAUAUAUCAGACAGUGUUGAUGAGGCAUGAAAACAUUUUGGGCUUCAUUGCUGCAGACAUCAAAGGGACGGGCUCCUGGACCCAGCUGUACCUCAUCACAGAUUAUCAUGAAAACGGCUCCCUCUAUGAUUACCUGAAGUCCACCACCCUGGAUACUAAAUCCAUGCUGAAGUUAGCUUACUCUUCUGUCAGUGGCCUAUGUCACUUACACACCGAAAUCUUCAGUACUCAAGGCAAACCGGCAAUUGCCCAUCGAGAUCUGAAAAGUAAGAACAUCCUGGUGAAGAAAAAUGGAACUUGCUGUAUAGCUGACCUGGGUCUGGCUGUCAAAUUUAUUAGUGAUACAAACGAGGUCGACAUACCACCCAACACCCGAGUUGGCACCAAGCGCUACAUGGCUCCAGAAGUGCUGGAUGAGAGCUUGAACAGGAAUCACUUUCAGUCCUACAUCAUGGCCGACAUGUACAGCUUUGGACUCAUCCUUUGGGAGGUUGCUAGGAGAUGCGUAUCAGGAGGUAUAGUGGAAGAGUAUCAGCUUCCCUACCAUGACCUGGUGCCCAGCGACCCCUCCUACGAGGACAUGAGGGAGAUUGUGUGUAUCAAGAAGCUGCGGCCCUCCUUCCCCAACCGGUGGAGUAGCGACGAGUGUCUAAGGCAGAUGGGGAAACUCAUGACAGAAUGCUGGGCGCAGAAUCCUGCCUCCAGACUGACAGCCCUGCGGGUGAAGAAAACACUGGCCAAGAUGUCAGAGUCCCAGGACAUUAAACUCUGACCUGAGGGCAAGAACAAGCAUCUCUGGAGGAAGCCGGUAGAUACUCGUUGGUUUGCAGGCCGAGCAAAAGAUGUUGCAGAAGCAUCCACAGUACAGACUGUGAACAUCAUCCUGCUUCCCGGUGGGUUCAGCCUCGCCACCGCUCGGGGUGCAGCCCAGACAAGAGAGAAGCUCCCACGAAUUCAUCGCCUCUGUUCGCAGGAGGAAGAAACCGCUUGGGUUCCUUGUUCAGGAUGUGAUGCGUGUUGCUUUCUAAGAAAGCCCUGGAUUUGGGGAUCGCCUUUUUGUUUUUUCAAAAGAUGCUUUAAUUUUGCCAAAAUGAAACAAACAAUGCAGAUUUUUUUAAGGUUUAUACGAUUAGAGAUUAAAUAAUAACAACAGACGUUCUUCCGGGAACCUCUACUGGACGGUAACUUAAAAUACGUUUCCAUUGACAAACUGCGUUGCACUCUCCCAACUGAAAGACAGUCUGUGACGCUGGAGAACAGGAUGGAAGGCAUCUUAAAAGGCCCCUGACCCCUGCUGCCCCCCUGCCUGCUCAGACCACUCCUGCCAGCCCUGCCCAGGGGCAGCCGAGGCAACGUGAACGCACCUGGGAACCAGCCACCUCUGGUUGGGGACCACAUUUGGGGGUUCCUGCAGAUGCCCUUUUGCAGCUUUCAGGGGAUAUGGAACAAAUGAAAGUUUUAUGCGACUCUCUUAGCAGUAAAUGUUGACACUGUUCUUCACAACCACUUGCAUGUCUGAUUCUGUUAGGCAUUUGCUUUUCCCUGAUGAAAUCCCUUCCUUUUCGUUAAACACAAACUGAGCUUUUUUUUGUGCAGAGAAGUAACCCAUGCAAUCUUUUGAUCUCUCAAAUGAAAGGAUCGAUAUUCAGUUUAAUGGCCAUCAGGUCUGUUGAAGACAAGGGGCUUUAAAAUAGAGAUCAUUUUGCCCUCUGUGCUGUAAGAAGAUUGGGUCAAAAAGGUACAGCAUGAGGGUGAAGGUGCAAGUGGCUUGUUUCUUACAGACUCCGAAGAGCCAGUCUCAGGAGCCCGAGGGGCAGCGCGUGCACAGCUCAUCGUGUGUGGACAGAGAUGGUUUCUUUUGGUUAUUGUCUGCCUUCUUGUGUCUGAGUUAAGGGAGGGAGGGGAAUCGUGUGUCCGGUUAAUGUAACUAAAUUUUUAAUUUAAAAAUAGAUAAACCUAACCUCCAAAUGGGACAGCAGAGAAAUGAUAGCAGAGGCUGCAAAAUACCAGGGCUGCUCUGAUUCUUUUUUCCGGAAGAGAUACGGAUCGAGUAUGUACACCUUCCGUGAUCGUUUCGCAUCUUAGGAAUGCUGACGCUAUUUUAUUUUAUUCUCAUGAUGUUCAAUUUCCUUUUUAAUUUAUUGGUUUUUCCUUCUCUGUGGCGCUUGUGCAAAAGCAUCUCCUGGCCUCUUCCUUGCUGUGAGGUUUUAACUUUUGAGCAACAUGCGUCCCAUUGUUGACAGGGCCAGUAGUCCUUAGCAAGAGGAACAUGAUAACGGCUAAGAUGUACACACCCCUCUCAGCUUUAUUCAUUUCCGUCCUGACUGUGGUUUUCUUUUGCUGCUCAGAAAUUCCGUAAUGUUUAGUAAAGAAUUCGGGAGUACCUCCCUUUGCCCUUAGAGAAAAAAACAAAAAAACAAAACAAACCACACAAAAAGGAGAUGUUCCUUCCAGAAUCCUCCAGGGGGCAGUGUUUCCUAACAUUUUCGUUUCACCACUGGGUGGCUGAAGGAUGGAGGGUUUCUGAAGAUGUGACAGCUGCAUGAAAAAAGAGGAAGUGUUGUCCUCACUGCGGAAGUGGACUGGCCGCUGGUGGCUUGGUCCUCCUGAGAGCGUCGCAGAGCAGAGACUGGCUGUGAGCUCCUCGGACGGGUGGGGAGAAGCAGGAGAAGCAGUGCUGUGUGUUCAGCACCCACUUGGUAACCACCUCUCGUUUGUAGCGAAGACAGGAUAUUUUCUUAAUCCUUGACUAUGCCCAGAGGUUUCUGUUUUUUCCAAGAUUAAAAACAGUUGGUUCUAACUAUACGUGUAAUCCAAAUGCCGCUUUGACUGAUACUAAGGUACCUGAAGAGCAGUGUAAAGGUUCCUUUCUUUGGGUCAAAGCAGAUUCUUUGUGAGAGCUUAGAAGGAGUCUGGGGUUCCAACAACGUGUGAUAAUCCUUGGAGCCUGGGAGACAAACUUCAGUGCCUCUAAUCGGAUCAUUUACAAACGAGUAAACGUGUGUCAGUGAAGUGGCGACAUGCUUAUGUUUAUUUUCCCUAAAUUUAAGUGAUCUUGGGUUUAAAAUGUGUUUUAUGUUUGGCAAGUUCUUACACAUGGAUAUCUUCAAAUCAGACUAUUUUAUAGGGAGGUGAUGAUUUGAAAAUAAAUUUCUAGGAAGGUGUUGGUUCCUGUGAAGAAAGAGAAGAAAUUAAAAUUGUACGCAAAUUUCUUCUAUUUUGUUUGUUUGGUGGCUUUGGAAAAACAUGGACAGAUCACUUCCUAAUCCCCAACCUGAUUUACUCACUACAAACAUAUAAAAAUUAUUCCUGAGACACUUAAAAAGACCCAUUUAGUUAUUAUAGUCUUUCAAGGAGACAAGAAUUUAUUUAUGAUUAGAUUUUCCUUUGUAUCUAACCAAAAUUCACCUUGUUUAGGGAAUAUUAAAUUGUUUUUAAAGAGACUACCUACUCAGUUCCAAAUAAUUCAUUUUGAUUUUUAAGCUUCUCGUAGCUCAGAAGUGAAUUUAUUUUUUAUUUUGUCGUUCAAUAGAAUAGUGGAAACCUGGAAAUAAAGUAGUCAGUUGCUUACUUUCAGGAUUAUUUCAAAGAGUAAGAUUUUCUUCUAAUCGCUCCCCUGAGAAGGAAUCCUAACAUAUUACUUGUUAGCUAAUAUAAGUUUUGUACACUAAGAUGUUCGGGUUUAUAGUUUAUGUGUGUAUAUAUUAUAUAAAUAUGUAUGUAUAUAUAAAUAUUAUGCUCAGUUUGGAGUCUGGCACAACUCCAUUCUGUGGAUUAGAGAGUAAAAUAUUAUGGAUGAUAAAGUACUAAAUGAAACAUAAUAUUUAUUUAUAAAGGGGUGUAGAUCUUUCAAUCACAGGCAACAGCUCUAUAAAAGUUGUGUGUGAGGAGACAGGCCUUUGACCUCCUGGAAAGCACUGCUCAGAAGUCACUAGUGACCAUUCUUUUUAUUCUCAAAAUAAAGCUUCAUAGAAAACAUGCUAAGAUUUUAUUUACAGGGAAUUCUUAGAUGCAUUUCAGUUGUUGUAUCGUCAGGCAGGGCCAGCACUGAGUAAUGAUCGACCCCCCUGUUUGUAGAGUCACGCGUCUUGAUUAGAAGUUAAGAGUUUUAUGUUGUUGGUCUCUUCUGGUUCUUUUUUGUUUGUAGGCGGAAAGGCACUGAAAAAAGUACAGCUUUUAAAACUUGAAUAAUUCUCUAGGUGUAUCUCCUUAGGAAACUUCGUGACGUAGCCACGGAAAGGAAAGACGUGGCACCAAAAGUGACUUCAUUUAGAGGUUAUGAUUCCUUUUGUAAAAUAUUAAAAAAAAAUGCCAUAUUUUUUGGAGAAAAGUUAGACUAUAUAAGGGAUUCUGUUGUUUGUUUCUAAAGAAGACUCGUGUUCUUUUGGGGAACCAGUGCCUUAUUGAAUUUGUACAUACUGUAAUUAUUCAGGAUGAGGGAACAAACAGUUGUGUUGUCUUUGUUACAAAGUGUAUAUGGCUUUGUUUUAACAUUCCCCCAAAUAAAACGGUUUCAUUCUCCCCUUGGAAA